AAUAAACCCAACAGUGUUUUGCCAUCAAGUUUUCGUGUUUCGUCUCCAUUGCUUCAGAAGUUUCCACCACAAAUUGGCGUUGUCGGCAGGGUACCAACACAUCAUCAGAGCUGUGUGAUAGCAGGAGGACAGCAGUGGAGCAGAAGGGAUUGAGCUGACAGCAGGAAUGUGUCCUGCAAGCCAACACAUGUCUUCUGCCGUCAGAUAAGAAGCCUCUAGCAGACUUUCAGCGCAGUAUAGCAAACCAGAGACCAGAGGAAAUGAGAGGAUAUCGAGGCAUCAAGUACACUAUAUUCAUCUGCUGCUACAUCUUCUCGGUGGUGAGUGCCAUCCUCACAGCGGUUGGAAUCUACGCCAAGAUCGCCAAGGAGAAAGAUGUGGUUGACACCCUGACAUUAGAUCCAGCUCUGCUGUUGAUUGUGGUUGGCUCGGUGAUGUUUCUCAUCACGUUCCUCGGGUGUUUUGGGGCGUUGCGUAACACCACCUGCCUGCUGAAGCUGUUUCUGGGGAUCCUGGUAGCUGUCCUCCUCCUGCAGAUCGCUGCUGGAGUCGUAGGAUACGUAUUCACUGACAUGGUGAUGGAGAGGACGGAGAGGCUGAUGAUGAAGGCCAUCAUCCGUUACAGGGAGGACCGGGACCUGGAGAACGCCAUUGACUUUAUCCAGAAGAAAUUUCGUUGCUGUGGAGUUGAGAGCUACAAGGACUGGUCUCGUAACGUCUACUUUGAUUGUUUGGACACAAACCCUAGUCUGGAGGCCUGUGGAGUUCCCUUCUCCUGCUGCAUUAGUUUACAGAACCAGACGGUGCUGAACACUAUGUGUGGUUAUGGGGUGCAGCAGCUGGAGGAGUCUUCAGCCGGCCAGGAUGUCUUCACCAUCGGCUGCCUGCAGAGGAUCGCGUCAUGGGCCAAAAACAAUCUGCUGCUGGUAGCCGGUCUGACGGCUGGCCUGCUGCUGCUCGAGGUCUGCAUGAUCGGGCUAGCUGCCGGUCAAAUCUCCUGGAUAAAGAAAGUUCAACAACUACAAAACGAAGACGCACCCAGAAGCAGGUCAGAAAGAAAGGACAGCUACUGGUAUCCCGCUUUUGCAGACUUCGAUGACGAAUACAAUUCUGAGUGAUGGUUCUGGAAAAGGAUCUGAUAUUUUCACUGUUAUUCUUUUGUUUGGCACUUUGGAAAUGUGUCAGAGAUUCUCACAGUGGGUGAACAACUUUAUUUAUCCCUUGUUGGCAAUUGAACUACUACCUCAUAUAAAACCACAUUAGGUCACUUUUCUAUACAAAAGUAAGUGAUUCUAAGAGAAAGUCAGCAUAAUGUGAAAAUGCAUAUUUUGAUAUUAUGGGAAGCCGUUCCUUGUAGAUUAUUCAAAAUGCACACCCAGUACAAAAAGGAAAUCACUGUUUAUUUUACAUGUACGCAUUAUGUACAUGUUUAUUAAACCUGGUGAGAAUAAAGCUUGAUGUAUUCCUCAGACUCUCAGUGAUGUUACUUUAUUUCUGAACAAUAAAGGUUCCAUGUUGCUGUUGGACAGACAGAUACAGACUCUACUUCCAGUCUCCACGCUAAGCUUAGUCAACCAGCUACAGCUUCAUAUUCAACAUAAAUGAAUGAGAGUGGUUUCAAAUGUGUCAUGAUCCUUGUUUCGUAUGUCAUGUCCUUGUGUUGUGUUUUAUUUUGAAAUGUUUUCUCCUGAUUGUGUCAUUGUGUUCACCUGUUGCCCUGUGUUUCUCCUCCCCCUUCCAGCUGUCUCUUAUCUUGUGAUUACCCAUGUGUAUUUAGUCCCUGUCUCCCUUUUGUCUGGUGUUCAGUUGUCGUUUUUCUUCCCUGAUCUUGGCCAUGAUACCUGCCUGUUCCUGUUGCCCUUCAUGUCUGAAACUAAGUGUUUUUCAUGUCCUGUGUUCCCCUUGCUUCGUGUUUUCAUCAACAGCUUUUGAAUAAAGCUCGCUUUUUGUUUGGACCCUUA